GACACGAGACAUCACUGAGCGCUCGCGGUCUAUCAGACUCGAGCUGAUUUCUAGACAGUUAUUCGUGGUGUACUCGUGGCGACAUGAGCGGAAGAGUCGGAGAUCUGAGCGUGAAACAAGCCGAAGCUUUGGCCCAGUUUCGAGAGAAAGUUAAGGAUAUUCUACCCCAGUGUCCAUCCCAGAGUGACCACUUUCUGCUUCGAUGGCUGAGAGCCAGAAAUUUCAAUCUUCAGAAAGCCGAGGCCAUGCUGCGCAAGCAUAUGGAAUUUAGGAAACACAUGAAAGUUGACACCAUCCUUACGGAGUGGCAGGUGCCAGAGGUAAUAGACAAGUAUCUGUCUGGUGGCAUGUGUGGCCAUGACCGUGAAGGGAGCCCCGUCUGGUACGAUGUCAUCGGGCCUUUGGACCCUAAGGGUCUGAUGCAUUCGGCGUCUAAGCAGGACUUAAUCAAGUCUAAAGUCAGGGACUGUGAGAUUCUGCAGAAAGAGUGCGACCUACAGAGUCAACGGCUGGGUAGGAACAUUGAGUCCAUUACUAUGGUUUAUGACUGUGAAGGUCUGGGAAUGAAGCACUUAUAUAAGCCUGCUAUAGAGACUUACGGAGAGGUUCUCACUAUGUUUGAAGACAACUAUCCAGAGGGACUCAAGAAGUUAUUUGUCAUUAAAGCACCCAAACUGUUUCCUGUGGCUUACAAUCUGGUGAAACAUUUUUUGAGUGAGGACACUCGCCGGAAGGUCGUCGUCCUGGGAUCAAACUGGCAGGAGGUUUUACAGAAAUACAUUGACCCUGAGGAGCUCCCAGCAUUCUAUGGAGGUAAACUGACCGACCCUGAUGGUGACCCCAGAUGUAGAACUAGGAUUACAUUCGGGUCAGAGAUUCCCAAGACCUACUAUGUUCGAGACUCCAUUAAAGUGGACUAUGAUGAAUCUGUGACUAUCGGCCGGGGCUCAUCUCAUCAGGUGGAAUAUGAGCUACUUGCACCAAACUGUGCUCUAAGAUGGCAAUUCACCUGUGAUGGCGCUGACAUAGGUUUUGGUGUAUAUAAGAAGAAAAAGAUUGGAGAGUGGAUGAAGGCCAGUGAAAUGAAUGAAAUUGUGCCAAAUCAGCGUUACAAUGCGCACCUGGUGCCCGAGGACGGAUCGCUCACCUGCCCUGAGCCAGGAGUGUAUGUGCUGCGGUUUGACAACACAUACAGCAUCUUCCAGUCCAAAACGGUCAGCUUCACAGUGGAGGUCCUCCUACCUAGUCAAAUCAACCAAUCAGAACGCUAGAAAUAACGGCAACAAGCAAUUGAUUGAGAUUGUGAAUCGCAAAGAAAUUGAAAAGCAUGACCAACUCAUGGCAUUUUAUACAGUAUAUCUGCUGUACAUAAUGAAGGAAAAUAUUAUUAUAAUGCUGCUCUCGAAAAGGAGAGUGUGUACAUGGAUUAAACUGACUAAUCGCUGCAUUAAAAGUGGUUUCAUCCGCUAAUAUAUAUCUGGAUCUAGACUCUGAUGCCAGUGUGAUUCUCUUAGCUUAGCUUGGUUUAGUUAGUUUAGCUGAAGCUGUUAUCAAAUUGAUUUAUCGUGUAUUAAUGAAGUGUUGAGCUUAUCAGUGAGCUCUGGUGUAAUUACUCGACUGAAACUGUCUUGGUGUGUAUUGUUGGAGCUUACCCCUCUUUAUGAUUGCCUUAACUCAUGCUCUUGAAUUUUCUGUAUCUGUUUAGUUCCUUUUUAUCGUGAGAUAAUUUAGAUAAUGAACUCUGAGUCUGCACGGUUUUCUCCCAGAAUGUGGUAAGAGGUUACAUUAUUACCCACUUUUAUGUUAUCAGCACACACAAAUAUGAUACACCUUUUGAAAUAUUUUGUUUACAAAGAGCGUGACUUGAUACAGAGUAUGACGACGUCAUGGGUGGCAUGCUUUGUUUUAAUCCUCUUUAAUUAAUUGAACUAAUUGAUGUUGUAAACUUUUCAUAGUAAGAUUUUAUACCUCAGGUCCUUGUGUUUACAGUAACAGUGCCUGUAUUUGAUUCCAGCAACAUGUAUCUGUCUUGUAAGUGAUCACAUUGUAUUUUGUCUGAUUUUUGUCUGUUGAUUUUGUAAUAUUAAUGUAAUUUAUAAGUGAUAUUGUAUUGAUUUUCAUUAACUAAUUAAAUGUAUACAUUAGCAAAA